AUGCGUGGGGGCGCCCAAAUCUGGCUGGCCGACUGUGGAAAGCGCUUGUCUGAAGUCGGACACCAGAUUACCUUCAUCCUCCCAGAGGACUCCUUGAUCCUUCCAGACGUGGAGACCUAUGCAAAGACCGUGGUGAAGUACACCCACGAGAAGAGCGCAGAGGAUCCGGAAAGUUACCAGGCGGCUUUUACUGAAGUCUUGAAGCCGGCGCAGGUGUGCGUGACGUUGGUGCGUCAGAUCCGUGGGAAGUACCAGAAUGUCAGCUUCAUGGCGAAGUGCAUCAAAGAUGCAGGUUUGAAGACUUUCCUCAUCUCCAAGACCGGCACAUUCGAUCCUACCUACAAGGCCGAGUUCUAUGGCGGCGACCUCUUGCAGACUGAGCCGCCACAGUGCUGCACCGUGACGAUUGCCGAGUUUACCCGACAGUCCAUCAUCGAGGCCUUUGGGAUCAAACCGCAGUUCAUUCAGACCAUCUACAACGGCACAGACACCGAGAAGUUCAAGCGCACACCCGAGAUGGCAGUUGAGGCCAAGAAAAGGUACCCCAUCGAGGAGGGUAAGUUUGUGGUCGGCAGCAUUGGCCGUUUCGUUGCAGCCAAAGGGCAAAAGGUGCUGCUUCGAGCAGUGAAGAAGCUUUUGGAAACAGGAAAAGUGCCCAAUAUCCACGUCUUGAUGGUCGGCGAAGGUGACCUGAAGGACGACAUUGAGAAGAUGGUCGUUGAUUUGGGCCUGUCUUCCGCUGUUUCCAUCCAUCCUUUCACCAAGGAGCCGUUCUAUGUCUUCGAGGCCUGCGAUUGCAUUGCUUUGGCCUCUUUCCUGGAAGGCCUUCCGAAUGCCUUGCUGGAAGCUCUGGCCAUGGAGAAGCCUUGCGUGGCCUCACGCAUCUACGGCAUGCCCGAAGUGGUGGUGGAUGGGCAGACAGGCUACUGCUUUGAAGCCGGCAAGGUGGACGAUGAGAGCACCUGGGAUGCCAUGGCCGAAGGCUGUGCCGAGGCUAUCGCCAAGAUCGCUGCUUUGGACGAAGCAGGGCGUCUAGCCAUGGCGGCCAACGGGAAGAAGCUGGUCUUUGAGGGCCAUGACAAGGUCAAGUGCUUUCAACGUAUCCUGGACCUCAUCCAGGAGAAGGCCAAGUCGGUGCUCAGUGCCGAGAAAGCCGUCGAGUUGGUUGCGGCGGCGGUCUCCAAAGCCACCUGA